UUCGUGUUCUUGUUUAGACCCGCCGCGAUGGCCAGCAGAGCUUCCUUUCCUUAGCGGAGUUAAGAUCUGUAAGACUCUGUUAGUGGCGGCGUUUGGCAGCACUGUAGGGGAGCCAGAGUAGUCAUGCAGGAGCCGGAGGAGGGCCUCGAGGGGAGAGCAGGGGUUGAAGAAGACCACGACGGCCAGCGUCGUCCUCAAGCUGCCGAUGCCCAGACCAGCGACCAAACUCUGGCAACUGAAGGUGACCAUGGCAACUUCCCUCAGGGCGGCCCACAGGAUUCCAGUGGCCUGGCUGCCCCCGGGAGCCCGGCUGCUCCUGGUAGCCCAGCUGCCCCCGGGAGUCCGGCUGCCCCCGGGAGCCCGGCUGCCCCCGAGAGUCCGGCUGCCCCCGGGAGCCCGGCUGCUCCAGGCAGCCCCAGCCCAGCGGCCCCUGCAGGGCCCAGAGGAGCGGCUGAAGAGGCAGCAGUCAUCCCCCUCGGCGAGCAGGGGCUGCUUCUCCCUGGACCCAGUGGUGAUAAUAUACCAGCAAGUGAAAAUCAACUCCUGGAGUUCUCUGUAACAGUGCCUUUCAGGUCUGCGGUGGAGGCAGACAUGGCCCGCAGGUCCCUGGUCUCCAAUGCCUGUCACGAGCAAGUGGUGCUUCCACAGGAAUACACUAUGAACGACAGUGUCCUGGCUGUUAGGUGGAAUACUGAAGAUCCUGUCCUCUUCCGAAUUUCCAUCAACACGUUCCUUGACCAGCUCUCCCUGGUGAUGAGAAACAUACAGCGCCAGGAGUUUGUGGCUGUUGUCAAACGGGGACGGAAAAGGAGUCGUAGAUCCUAAUAUGUUACCAGAUACAAGAAGUCAGAGCAUUGAGUAACUAACUGUUACUUUGAACAUAGCAUCUCAAUGCUAAGUACUCCAUAUCAAUCUUGGUUGGAUUGUUUUCCAAUUAUUGAAGGAAUGAGGGUUUGAAUGUUACUGAACGAAAUAAAAAAAAAAAUAGCAAAAUUUUUCAUCUGACUUUACUUUUGACUAUAGAAGAAACCUCCAGGUGUGUGCUUCUCUGGAGAAGUUGUGGAAUUUAAAUGUUUGAGUAGUCCAAAAUAAUUUAAGACAAUUUAGGAAAUGUAUGAAAUUUAAUUAUUCAAGUCGGGUCAUGCAUCACAAAUUAUUGACAGUGUUUUUGAAAUGCACCGUUUCAUAUAGGUGUUUCUAUAUGUUAGUGUUCAUGUUGUGAGAAUCAGGUGUUUGCACAUGCAUGUGUUUGUGUGUAUAUCCAUUUGUAUGUUAUGCAUGUGGAGGCCAGAUGUCAACUGGGUAUGUCUGUUCUUGGGAUCUGUAUACCUUGUUUGGUUUUCUUUGAGAUAGGGUAUCUUGGUGAUUAAAGUGUACCAGUUUGGCUAGACUCAGUGAAUAGCAGGCUGUAAGGAUCUCCCUGUCUUCACCUCCCUAGCACUGCCAUGGCAGUGUACUGCCACCACCUGCAGCUUUGUAUAUUUGUAUAUGGAAUUGAACACCCAUCUUCAUGCUUAAACAGCAAGAACUUAACCAAACUGGCUCAUCUCCCUUA